GCGCCUGCGCUCCGCUGCGGGCCCGGGGCAGCCAUGGCGGCGGUGGCGCUGAUCGGGCGGGCGGCGGGCGCGGGGCUGCGCGGAGCGCGGCGGCGGCAGGCGCUGGGGCUGCUGCGGCGGGGCUGCGCGGGGCUGCCGGUGGACGACACGGUGAACGGGCUGAGCGACGAGCAGCGGCAGCUUAGGCAGACCAUGACGAAGUUCUGUCAAGAGCAUUUGGCUCCGAAGGCCCAACAGAUUGACCAGGAAAAUGAAUUCAAAGGCAUGCGGGUAAGUAUUUCAUGUGAGUUCUGGAAGAAGCUGGGGGACCUGGGAGUUCUGGGGAUCACAGCUCCCGUGGAGUACGGUGGAUCUGCUUUGGGGUACCUGGACCACGUGCUGGUGAUGGAGGAGAUCUCCCGCGUGUCGGCGGCUGUCGGGCUCAGUUACGGGGCCCACUCGAACCUUUGUAUCAACCAGCUCGUGCGGAACGGCAACGAAGCCCAGAAAAACAAGUACUUGCCCAAGCUAACCAGCGGGGAGCACAUUGGAGCCUUAGCAAUGAGCGAACCCAAUGCAGGAUCUGAUGUUGUGUCCAUGAAGCUGAAAGCAGAUAAGAAAGGAGACUACUUCGUUUUGAAUGGGAACAAAUUUUGGAUCACCAACGGGCCAGAUGCAGAUGUUCUCAUCGUUUAUGCUAAAACCGAUAUUAAUGCUGUUCCAGCCUCCCGAGGCAUAACUGCCUUCAUCGUGGAGAGGGGAAUGCCGGGUUUCAGCACCGCCCAGAAGCUGGACAAGCUGGGAAUGCGAGGGUCGAACACCUCUGAGCUCAUCUUCCAAGACUGCAAGAUCCCCGCUGAAAAUGUCUUGGGGACGGUGAGCAAAGGAGUCUACGUCCUGAUGAGCGGACUGGACCUGGAGAGACUGGUGCUGUCUGGCGGGCCGCUGGGAAUCAUGCAAGCUGUUCUUGACCACGCAAUUCCAUACCUACAUGUAAGAGAAGCAUUUGGACAGAAAAUUGGCCACUUCCAGCCUGGGGAGCGGAUGAUCUCCAGUGCUAGCGCAGAAAAUAAUCUUCCCCUCUGGCGUUACUGUGUCUCCUGCGGCUCGCAGCUCAUGCAGGGCAAGAUGGCGGAUAUGUACACGCGGCUGAUGGCGUGCCGCCAGUACGUCUACAACGUGGCGAAGGCCUGCGACCAGGGGCAUUUCAACGCGAAGGACUGCGCCGGAGUGAUCCUCUAUUCGGCAGAGUCGGCUACGCAGGUGGCUCUGGAUGGGAUCCAGUGUCUGGGUGGGAACGGUUACAUCAACGAGUACCCCAUGGGGCGGUUCCUGCGGGAUGCCAAGCUCUACGAGAUCGGCGCCGGCACCAGCGAGGUGCGCAGGCUUGUCAUCGGCAGGGCGUUUAACGCCACUUUUAAGUAACGUCCACCCGCGGAGAGGCGGCUCCCUGACCACCGCGAGGCCUUGGACCAGAGAGGCUGCAACGCACAACUCUCUCUUUUCUUUAUCUUCCUGCUUUUGAACCUGGGAUCAUCACCUGCGGCCCCUGUUCUGCCUGCUCUGUGAACAGAUGCUGCUGGGCUGGGCUCCGACAGAGAGAAUCCGCUGGUGGCAUGGCAAGCAGAGGGUUUUUUCUCUUCUCAUGACCAUGCUCGUGAUCAUCCUGUUCACAAGCCAUCCCGAUGCUCAGCGUCACAGGGCUGAGGUUCAGCAGGGGAUGAGCUGCCACCGGAGCAGGCUGCUGGGAUGUACGCCUGAAACAAGAGCACAGAAAGUCACCCCCCCAAAAAAAUGGACAAUGAGGGAACAAUUUUGUUCUUUAAAAAAAACCACCUGAGUGCCAUUAAACAGCAUUUAGCAUAGUACCGCCGGAAGGUGACAUUUCCCCGGGUGCCCUUCUGGUGGGAUGAAUAACUUCCAUUUCGGGAACUCGACACCAGCCCCGUCGUGGGGGCGGCUGUGAGGAGCGCUCGGCAUCCUGGCUGCGCACGCAGUGCUUUAGGUGGUGAUUCCCAAAGCCUCGUUAAAAUGCCACAUCUGUUUCUCCGCAUCCUUCCUUUCCCAUUCCCGCUGCUUCUCGGGGUUUUUCAGCGCAGCGCCGGUCUCGCCGUGCUGAUGGAUGCCCCCCGCUGCGGCAUUCAGCCCCAGGGGUCGCCAUCCGUCACUCCGCAAACACUUGAAGUGUCAGACCCGCAUUGUGACACCCGUGAAUGAAGCAGGCGGGAGGAGGUUGACUUUUGAGGUUGGGGUUACUUGUUUUUCUGCUGAAGGUUGUUCUUUUGGCGAGAGCACGUACUCGCGCUCCACCUCCGCUCGGCUGAGAAGCCAGGGCGAGCGCGGCGGGAUUCGCGGGUGUUUUCGGUGCAUAUUAUGUGCAGCACAUGGAAGUUUUGACCUAGCCUUGUUAAAGAAAAUUGCAGAGUAGACUUGCCAGCCUUAAAGAGUGAAUUGCAAAGACAAAUUGGACAUUGUAAAUAUGACAGAACAAUUAAUUAAACAGUUGCCAUGUAGUCAACCUCCCAGCAGUUUUAACAAAACUGAGAUUAAAGCUUUGUGUGUUUUGUUGUAGGUGAUAUCUGCCCAUACUAGGUGACAGUAGACUAAUAUGGAAUUUCAAAAAGCCACAGAUUGAAGAAAAUUUCACCUUGAAUUGCCAGGUUGAUCACCAAGUGCUUCUAUAAAAAGGUUGUAAAACAUCUAAA